CCGAUAUUGGCCACUCAGUCCCAAGGAACUCAAAGCCGGAUACCAAGGACUAUGCCUUUGAUUUCCCCUGGUGAUAUUCAUUUGAACCCCGCCUCCAUGGCCGGACAAGUGCCCAGUGGGAACUAUGCUGUGACAUCUUCCACUCUUGGAUCGCGCCGGUACCACGGCUCAAGGCCCGUUGCACCAUUAUCCGGAUCGUAUCCGGACAACGAUGAUUACUUCUUGUCCACAUCCUCAGGGAUGGCUUAUCGCUCCAUGCCCGUCUCUGACGGCCCGUUUGCCGGCCCUAUGUUGUCCAGCCUGAGCGGCUUCGAUGCCGAUUUCGCCUCUGAGUUCUUGACAGAGGAUGCUUUCUCAGGCGACACUUGUACAGAUAUGACUUUCGUACCUUGCCAGUACCCAGGACAAGGAAAUUCCGCGGAGCACUUGCAGGCCAGUUACAUGCCCAUGGAGUCACUGUACAUGCCUACAAUGAUGCCCACUUUUAACACCGACAUGUCGAGGCUUCCAACCCCACCCCCAGAGGAGUACCUGGCAACAUGCUUUCCAUCAGGACACGUUUUCCAGGAGCAACUGUGCCCGGUGGACAAGGAUUUCACGAUAUCCGAGAGUGCUACCACAUGCCACAUGGAGCCCGCCAGCAACAGCCCCAGCCAGCGGAGCGUGCGACAACCCCGACCCAUCCGAUCAGCCUCGGAAAGGAACGCUUCAGCCAGUGAAUAUUGUGCCUCGUCCACUUCACCCCCGGAAGUCAGGAGCCCUCCUAAAGAAGAUCCAUCCAACCGGGAAAAGGCCAGAAUUCAUCCAUACUACAACCGCGGACCUGAUGAGGACGGAAAAUACCAUUGCCCGUGGGCUCAGGAAGGCAACUGCAGUCACCAAUCCACCACGCAGAGGUGUGUCUACAACAAAUACGUGGAUUCCCAUUUGAGGCCAUACCGUUGCAAGUUCACGGAUCGACCCGAAUGUGAGGACCUCCGGUUUUCGUCCAAUGCCUGCCUUCUACGCCAUGAAAGAGAAGCCCAUGGAGAACAUACCCACGGAAUGAACCCCUACCUGUGCAAGUUCCCGGACUGUGAGCGCGCCCGGGAGGGGAACGGAUUCCCUCGCCGAUGGAACCAACGUGACCACAUGAAACGGGUCCACCAAUAUGAGGAAAUUGAUGCGCCUGCGAAGAAGAGCCCUAGCAGCCAAAGCCAGUCCAAGAGACGGAAGGCUCCGAGCGCGCCAACCUCUGUCCCGAUGAGGAGAUCAAGUUCAUCCACAGUGUCUAAGGCUCAUGCCAUGGUCAAGGCAUCCAUCCAAGCUUCCAACUAUGGCCCCAUCAGCCGGACCCAGUAUGUCGCUCCCAGCGCCUACUCC